UGGCUAAAAUUAAGAAAGUUAAAAGAAGUAAGCAGGGUAGCAGCGAAGGGCAUUCGACACAGAAAAACCUAGGCGUCUCUCGGCAAUGGCGUACACCGCCACCCGGCGCACAUUAGCAUCGUUGGUAAGCAGAGCCUUGUCUCAUACUUCCUCUUCUUCUUCUUCUUCACUCUCUUCUCGCUCGAGGUUCGCUUUCGCGCUUCUUGACCAACGAUCCGAACUCGUCCCCAGCCAGGUGAAAAUCCCGACCCGCUACAAGACAUCCGGGCCGGGUUAUUCUCCCCUGAACGACCCGUCUCCGAACUGGAGCAAUCGGCCUCCAAAGGAGACCAUCCUUCUUGAUGGCUGCGAUUACGAGCACUGGCUUAUUGUCAUGGAGUUUCCCAAUGACCCAAAACCCUCCGAGGAGGAAAUGGUUAAUUCUUACGUCAAAACCUUAGCCGAAGUUGUGGGAAGCGAGGAGGAGGCGAAGAAGAAGAUAUACUCGGUUUGCACAACUACUUAUACUGGUUUUGGAGCUUUGAUUUCUGAAGAGCUUUCACUCAAAGUUAAAGUGUUGCCUGGUGUGCUUUGGGUUUUGCCUGAUUCAUAUCUUGAUGUUCCCAACAAAGAUUAUGGAGGGGAUUUGUUUAUCGAUGGGAAAGUCAUACCUAGACCACAAUACAGGUUCAAUGAGAGGCAACAAACGAGUAGGAACAGGCCUCGACCACGUUAUGAUAGGCGGAGGGAAACAAUGCAGGUUCAAAGGAGAGAGCCAAUGCAGAGCAGGACAGAAGACUUUAGGCAACCUGUGCAGCAGCCGACACAGUCAUACAGCCAGAGUGCAGCUCAAGGUGGACCAGAGGAUUUCUCUGCUAAUCGAUAAUGUAAUAGGAAGAGCGUGUAAGAAUUCACAGCAUAUUUACAAAAUCUUAGAAAUGACAGUUUGCUCGAGUGGACCUAUUUGUUAAUUCUUCCCCUACCCUUUGAAGGCAUGCUAGAGAUUUUUAUUGCAAUUUUCCAUUGAAUAUGGUGUACCUUGGUGCAUUUUGCAAUAGAACUUCUGCAUCUUUGUUCCUAGUAUGCUUCUAGACUCUGUUUUUCACGGUGACACAACAUUUCUUUAGCACUUAUAAUUGACUCUUGGCAGAACAUUUCUUUAA